AUGGCCAACGCGCGCCGUUUCGUGAUGAUGCCGGGGCCUAAGCCUCUGCCUUUACUGGGAAACUCUUGGAGGUUCGCUAUAGGUCAGAAGCCGUGGCGGACCCGAUCAUUGGACACGACACUGUGGACGUUACGAGAACUAGCCGGCGCCGGUGGCGCAGCAAAAGUUGCCAAAUUGUUCGGACAUCCUGAUUUAGUGUUCCCGUUUUGUGCCGACGAAACUGCUAAAAUAUACAGGCGUGAAGAUGCACUACCCCACAGAGCUGUUGCGCCUUGCUUAAAGCACUACAAACAAGAGCUGCGAAAAGAUUUCUUCGGAAACGAACCAGGUUUGAUUGGAGUGCACGGUGCUCCGUGGUCUAAGUUUAGAUCAAAGGUAUCAAAGUCGCUAACAGCUCCGGAAGUGGCUAGAUCAAGCGUACAAUGCUUGGAUGACGUCGCGUCAGAUUUUGUUAUCAAGUAA